CAUUACCUUGGAUAGAUACUUUAGUUAUAGAUAUAAAAGACGCCAUUCUUAACUGAAAUGUAUCAGUUCACAGUUUGACUUAGCACCCUAAACAGAAAAUAAUCAAGUCAAUAUGUACUCCAAGGUGUUUUGUUUAGCCGCUCUUAUCGCCGCUGUAGUGGCACAUGAGCACGGCCAUGCCCCCGCUUACUCAUCUCAGCACAUCUCUCGUCAUGAUGGUAAACCUGAAAUAGUUCAUGUUGGACAUGGACACGAGGGUCAUGGACACGAGGGUCAUGGACACGAUGGUCAUGGACAUGGACAUGGACACGGACACGGCCACGCCAUUGACUACUAUGCUUACCCCAAGUAUGACUUUGCAUACAAAGUAGAGGACCACCAUACCGGCGACAUCAAGUCCCAGCAUGAGAGCCGCGACGGUGAUGUCGUAAAGGGCUACUACGCCUUACACCAGCCCGAUGGCUCUGAAAGGGAGGUCCAUUACCAUGGCGACAAGCAUACCGGUUUCCACGCUGACGUGAAAUACGGUGUGCAUCACAUCGCGCCCCUUAAACAUUACCACCACGACUGAAUAUUUGUUAACCAAAUAUGAAAACUUGUUGUCUUGUUAAGUUAUCGUCUUGGGCGUAUUGUUGAUUAAUAUUUUAUAUAUUUUAUACGAAUAAAAGAACAUCAUCCUA